CGGUCCUGGGAGCCAAGGUGGCCCUGGAGGCGGGGGCUUCUGCCAGGGACUCAGCCCCCGAGCCAGCCCCCACCAGCCGCACCUUCUGCAGAGUCCCUCAUACAGCUCUGGACUGAGUCCAGCUGGUCCCCAUUGUACAGAUGGGGAAACUGAGACCUGGGGAUGUGGAGUGGCUGGCUCCCGGCCACACAGAGCACCCUGUCUGCUCCCGAACACUCCACCCCCUCCUUCUGCUGUGGACCCUCCUGAACUGUGGUUUAGGGGGCAGUGCUCAGGGCCCAGGUGAGUGGACCCCCUGGGGCUCCUGGACCCGAUGUUCCAGCUCUUGCGGGCGGGCUGUCUCUGUGCGCAGCCGGCACUGCGUCUGGUUCCCCAGGUUAGAGACGUGCUGGGGAGACACUCACGAGUACCGCCUCUGCCAUUUGCCGGACUGUCCCCCAGGGGCCAUUCCCUUCCGAGACCUUCAGUGUGCCCUCUACAAUGGCCGCCCUGUCCUGGGCACCCAGAAGACUUACCAGUGGGUGCCCUUCUACGGUGCGCCCAACCAGUGCGACCUUCACUGCCUGGCCGAGGGGCACGCCUUCUACCACACCUUCGGCCGCGUCCUGGACGGCACCCCCUGCGGCCCGGGGGCCCAGCGGCUCUGCGUGGCCGGCCGCUGCCUCAGCGCCGGCUGUGACGGUUUGCUGGGCUCGGACGCCCGCGAAGACCACUGCGGCCGCUGCGGCGGCGCCAACGAGUCGUGCCUUUUCGUGCAACGCGUGUUCCGUGACUCCGGUGCCUUCGCUGGGUACUGGAACGUGACCCUGAUCCCCGAGGGCGCCAGACACAUCCGCGUAGCCCACCGGAGCCGCAACCACCUGGCGCUGAUAGGGGGCGACGGGCGCUACGUGCUCAACGGGAACUGGGCGGUCAGCCCACCCGGGACCUACGAGGCGGCAGGCACCCGUGUGGUCUACACCCGCGCUGCAGGGCCGGAGGAGAUGCUGCGCGCGACCGGGCCCACCUCCCACGACCUGCUCUUGCAGGUCCUCCUGCAGGAGCCCAACCCCGGCAUCGAGUUCGAGUUCUGGCUCCCUCGGGAGCGCUACGGCCCCUUCCAGGAGCGGGCGCAGGCCCUGGGCUGGUCCCUGCGGCAGCCGCAGCCUCGGGAGGUGGACCGACAGCCCGCUGAGCCCCCCGCGGUCCCAGCUACCGUUUCCCCGAGGACCCCGCCCCCCGCCCCCGACCCCUGCCCACCCUGCCCGGACACUCGAGGGCGCGCGCACCGGCUGCUCCACUAUUGCGGCGGGGACUUCGUGUUCAGGGCCCGGGUGCUGAGCCGCCUCCAACAAGCGCAGGAGAUGCGCUAUGAGGUUCAAGUGCAGCUCAUCUACAAGAGCCGCUGGCCGCUGCGGGCCCUGGAGUACGUGUGGGCGCUGGGCCGCUGCCCCUGCCCGCGGCUUGACCUGAAGCGCGAGUACCUGCUGGCGGCCCAGCGCCUCAUCAGCCCUGACGGCACCCAGGACCGGCUGCUGCUGCCCCACGCCGGCUAUGCCCGAACGUGGAGCCCUGCUGAGGACAGCCGGGUGCGCCUGGCUGCCCGGCACUGCCCCGCCUGAGCCGCCAGCCAGACACGCUCGACUGGGCUCAAACUCGGCGUAUUUGCCGGCUCACCCUGGCUCCCAGCGGCUUCCACCGCAGCCAUGUGGCUGCCAGUCACACAGGCUCAGCUGUCCCUGCACACAGUCAGAUCCACUGUCAUGAGCAGGAGGCACUGGUGAGGAUGCACUGAAGAGACUCUUAUUUCCUCUCUCACUCUGGCUGCCAGGAAACUCACAGAUGUUUUAUUCUUAGAACCUUUGUGUCUGCUUUUAUUCGCUUUGCCUCACACUCACUUUCUUAGAGACACUGUCACAACAAGCACGGCCCCAAAGGAAGAGUGUGUAACACGACCUUGGGAUAUAGCACCUUCCCCUCUUGCCCUGGCUACCAGGAAGCUCAAGGACAAUCCAGCUGGGUCUUUCUUUCCUUUU